AUGUCUGGGCUACCCCCCCACAACGACAACAACAUCGACCCUUCGCUGCUGGACGAGCCGAACGUCCCGAUGUCUGACUCUGAAGACGCGACAAACGCCCGUCGCAAUGAGCUGUUUGAGGAGCCUCAGGACCACGCUAACGUACCUGCUCCCGAUAACGCCAACAUACUUGCUCCCGACAACGUCCCCAAUCCCUCAUCAUCCGAGAACGACGUCCACGAUUCGAACCAGGACCUCGACGACGUGCCGAGCUCGCCGGGCGAGCUGAGCGAAGAGGAGUGGGAGAACUACAUCUACAGGGGACCCAAUGGACGGGGUUGGGCGCGUGAGAAGGCCCCCCUACGCCCGAGACGCAAGAAGCCGUCCUCGAAAAAAGCAGCAGGAGGAACCGCGGGCCAGGGUGAUACGGGAGGCCCCUCCUCCUCCCAUCAGAGCCACGGCCUCUCCGGCCAGGCGCCAGCGGCUAGCGGCGAUAUUGCCGCCCAGGCUGUCGACCCGCCGGCGGCGGCAUCCGAGCACCACCACCACCCCAACCCGCAGACCGGCGGCAACAAUGAUGUCCAGCAGCAUCUUGACCCGGCGACGCAGGAGGAGCUCCCCGCCGACCCGCCGCCUUCGAGCGGCCUGCCGUUCCGGACGAGGAGCCACCAGCAGCAGGAGCCUGAUGACGGCACCGACGAGGAUGCGGAACAUGAUGAGUUCGAUGACCUUUUUGAGGAAGAAGAAACUUCUACUGCCGCGGACGCAUCUACUGUUGCGGGCACGCCGGCGAACGACUUCCAGACUCCUGGAACUGAGUACUCCGAUGCCGACUCCAACUUCAAGUAG